AUGGACCCCCCGUCGCCCGAGCUCCUCCGCGCGAAGGACGCCGACUCGCCUGCCGUGCAAUCUAGCUCGCAGCCACAGCAGCCCUCAACUUCUCGCUCGACACAACGGUGGAUCCGCAAGGCAAAGGACUGCGCGUCCCUCGUCGCCGUGCACACCAAGCACACGGGGGUGGGCAUCGUAUGCGCCGUUGCGUACUUCGACCCGGGCAACUGGGGCGUCGACCUUCAGGCUGGCUCGCAGUAUGGCUACAAACUCCUCUUUGUCGUUCUCCUCUCCGGCAUCUUCGCGAUUUUCUUCCAGACCCAAGCAUCUCGCCUGGGCUGUGUCACCGGAUUGGACCUCGCCUCUCACUGCCGCCUCCUUCUCUACGACAGGCCCAAACACAAGUCGCUGUACCGAUGGCUCCUCCUCUACCCCCUCUACGUGCUCUCCGAGAUCGCCAUCAUCAGCACGGACCUUGCGGAGCUUCUCGGGUCGGCCAUUGCCCUCUGCAUGCUCUUCCCGAGCCUCCCGCUGUGGGCCGGCGUCGUCAUCACCGCUUCCGACGUCCUCCUGCUUCUUGCCUUCCGGGACCCGAUCCGAGGCCAGCCGGUCCGCAUCUUCGAGCUCUUCAUCGCUAUUUUGGUGUUCACAGUAUUGAUCUGUAUGGCGUACAUCAUAUCCAAGGCACAACCGGUGUGGGCGGAUGCAUUCAGAGGUUAUUUGCCCUCAAAGACGCUAUUCCAGCCGGCGCUCUCUAUACAUGUAACAUCAUCUUUCUGCCAUGCGAUUGGGAUCAUCGGGGCUACCGUCAUGCCGCACAGUCUGUUCUUGGGCUCCGCCUUGGCCACUCAAGAUAGGCUGUCGGAGGCUAAGCCCGAGAAGAUGCUUAAAUCCCAUGCGACGGAGUCGACAGUUUCGGCAGAUUCCGACCUCACUACUUCGUCUACCUCAACACAAGUCACUCCGCCACACGGAGACUCUAGACCUCUCCUCGAACGCUUUUUGGCAGCGGCUAGACGGCAUCUCCGCGUCCUUCCUCGCGAUGCCCUCAUGGACGAACCCAAGUCACAUGCCGAACGAGAGAAAACCCUUACUCUUUCCCUGCUUGGACUCGCUGUCGUGAUCAAUUCAUUGAUCCUGAUUCUGUCGAGUGCCGUCUUCUUCCACGGUGACACCGGGACCCAGGAUCCGGCGAGCCUGUUCGACGCGUACGACCUCCUCACGCGCAUCGUUGGCAAGCCCGCCGCCAUAUUGUUUGCCCUAGCUCUCCUCGCCGCCGGGCAGAGUUCGUCUAUUAUUGCAACGCUCGCCGGUCAAAUUGUGUCGGAAGGUUUUAUCCGCUGGAGGCUCUCGCCCAUGAUGCGCCGUCUGUUCACCCGCUGCCUGGGGCUCGUUCCUGCUCUUGCCGUUGCUGCCGGGCUCGGCCGCUCCGGCAUCGACACGCUCCUCGUGGCGUCCCAGGUCGUGCUGUCCAUCGUCCUCCCAUUCGUCGUCUUCCCUCUCAUGUGGCUCACGUCAUCCAAGACCGUAAUGGCCAUCAAGAGGCCAGCCGAACAGCAGUACGAGAUCGUACACUUCUCAAACGGGAAGAUCAGCAUCGUCGUGGGCUACGCGAUAUGGAUUGUUAUCGUGAUGGCCAACAUUUACGCCAUCGUCGGCCUGGCGAGAGGAGAGGAAUGA